AUGGUUCGAAAACACAAUAACCAGUUGCCAGAGAAUUUACCGCAACUUCAGAAUUUAAUCAAGAAAGACCCACAGUCCUACCAUGAAGAGUUCGUGCAGCAAUAUCAGCAUUUUCAAAAUACUAUUGAGGUGUUCCAGCUUGCACCUAAUCAGCCCAACAAAACCCUCGAUGAGCUAGUGAUGUUUAUGGCCCAAGUGGCUCAAUGUUACCCAAAGGAUCUGCAGGAUCUUCCCCAGCAAGUGAUCAAUAUUAUGCAGAAGCAUAACACAGUCCUGGAUAAUUCUGUGCGCAUGAAUUUGUGCAAGGCUCUGAUUUUACUGAGAAAUAAAAACUUACUGGCUCCCACUGAUCUUUUGGAGCUGUUUUUCCAACUUUUGAGAUGUCAAGACAAAUCACUGAGACAAUUUCUGGAGAACCACAUAAUAACAGACAUAAAAAAUCUAAAUAUGAAACACAAAAAUGCAAAACUCAAUACCACAUUGCAAAAUUUCAUGUUCACCAUGUUGAAUGAUACAAACUCUAGAGCUGCAAAAAUGUCUGUUAAUAUUAUGAUUGAAUUAUACAAGAAAAAUGUGUGGAAUAAUGCUAAAACAGUCAAUGUUAUUGCUACAGGGUGUUUCUCAAAGAUUACAAAGGUAAUGGUAGCUUCACUGAAGUUUUUCCUGGGUAAAGACCCAGAGGAAAAAGACUCAGAUAACUCAGAUUCUGAUGAUGAAGUAGAUCCAAAAGAAGUGAUGCUGGCCAACAAAUUCAAUAAGAAAACCAGAAAACGUGAAAAAAAUCUUUCUAAAGUUAAGAAAUUAGCUGCCAAAGCCUACAAAAAGAAAAGUCAAGCACCUACCUUUAAUUUUAGUGCCAUACAUUUGUUGCAUGACCCUCAAGGCAUGGCAGAGAAGCUUUUUAGACAACUGGAAUCAACAAAUCAAAGGUUUGAAGUAAAACUAAUGACCUUAGAUGUUAUUUCAAGACUUAUAGGACUUCAUAACUUAUUUGUUUUCAAUUACUACUCGUAUAUUCAGAGAUUUUUGCAGCCUCAUCAGCAUGAAGUAACCAGAAUAUUACAGUUUGCAGCUCAGUCAAGCCAUGAGCUAGUCCCUCCUGAUGUCAUUGAACCAGUUUUAAAAACUAUCGCCAAUAAUUUCAUUACCGAAAGGAAUUCUUCAGAUGUCAUGGCGAUAGGACUGAAUGCUGUUAGAGAAAUAUGCGCUAGAUGUCCUUUGAGCUUGUCUGAAGAACUAUUGAGGGAUUUAGCACAGUACAAAACAUACAGGGAUAGAUCUGUAAUGAUGGCAGCCAAAAGUUUGAUACAGUUAUUCAGAAAUCUAAGGCCCGAGUUGUUGCACAAGAAAGACAGAGGCAGACCUACAGAAGCUACAGGAGAAAUAGAGAAGAUAGAUUAUGGUAAGGUUAAUGUUAAAGACUAUGUACCCGGUGCUGAAGUAUUACUGAACGAAGAAAAAGAUAAUGAAGAGUUUGAAGUGAACAGUGAGUCUGACUCAGAUGAUGAGCAGUGGGUGAAUGUACAGCACUCUAACGACGAAGAAAUUGACAGUGGAGAAGAAGAGGAAGAUGAUUCAGAUGAAGAAAUGGAUGAUGAUGUUGAGAAAGACCAUGAAACUAGCGAAAGAAAUAUUUUGAAAGCUAAAAAAACUAAAAAGGAAGACUUGGAAGCUAAAAAAUCCCUAGCGCGUAAAGUAACAGUUGACCGUAUAUUAACGGACGAAGAUUUCAAGAGGAUUGACAUGGCAAAUGUCAGAAAACACCUACAGGGCCCCAACAAAGGUCAGAAAAGAUCUAUUGAGCUUGAAAACACCCUAAAAAAUAAAGACGAUCUUGUAAAACUGGGUGAUAUAGAGAAUAUAUACAAGAAAAGGAAGCACGAUAAGCAGACAAGGGUAGAGAGUGUUAGAAAGGGCCAGGAAGAUAGGGAAAAGUUCGGGUAUAAAGAUGGAAGGGUUAAUAUUCACUGUUCCAAAACAAACAGGGAGAAAAGUAAAAAGAAAAACUUCCAAAUGAUCAGGCACAAGGUUCAGGGAAAGGUGAAGAGAAGCUUUAAGGACAAACAGAUAGCCCUAAGGAAUCAUUUGAUCAAAUUGAAGAAAAUGAAAUAGACUUUUUAAGGUUUGUUGUUGUUGAAUAUAAUUUUUUUAAACAAUUA